ACUCCUGAGAACAUUCCCGCCUCGUCUCUUCCACCAAGCGAUGAAGAGUAUGAACUACAUGUUGAUAAUUAUCUCCUUCGUUACCUGAAAGAAUGUCCACAUGCUCAGCAAGAACUUGAGAACAUGCUUGCCUGUUUAGCCUGCUCUGCUGAUCUUUACUGUGAGGAGGGGAGAGUUUUAGUCAGGAGGCGAGCUCAACCUGCUGCUGCAGAUGAAGUUAGUGAUUGGAAAGCUGAGGUAGACGCUCUCUUUGGUGGCUACUUGUGCCAUUAUAAAGUAAACCCUGACAAAGUUGAAGCUUUGGUUCAGUCCAGCAGCUCUUGUCAGACUGCAGGUGAGGUGAAGGUGUACACAGAUGAGUCUGGGAUGGCUGUUGUUGUUGGACAACUGUCUCUGGUUCAUGCCAGGUUGUUAGACAUCGAGCAACCUUCAAGUUUACGUGACAAUAUGGCAUCUCUGAGUUUAAGAGAGGAAAGCACAACCAUUGCUAGCUACAGCCUUUGUGAUGGGCUCCAGGUGUUUGUGUGUCAGGGUGACAUCACCAAGCAACACACUGAUGCUCUGGUAAAUGCAGCCAAUCAGGACUUGGAGCACUCUGCAGGUGUUGCUGCUGCACUGAGUCGAGCUGGUGGUCCUGAAAUACAGAGAGAGAGUGAUGAAUUAGUGAAGUGUUUGGGGAAAAUUCCCAUAGGAGACACAGUAGUGACCACAGGGGGUAACUUAAAGUGCAAGAAACUGCUUCAUGCAGUUGGGCCUGUAGGUGGAAAAGCAAGUAACAGAGAUAAGAUGUUACUGGAAAAAACUGUGCAUUGUGCUUUAAAGCUUUCAGAAAUAAUGGAGUUUCAGUCCAUAGCCAUUCCUUGUAUCAGCUCAGGUGUGUCUGGGGUUCCUCUCACUGUGUGCACUGAGGCAACUGUUGCGGCUGUGAAGGACUUUGGCAGUGUGGGAGGUCGAAGUGUGAGGAAAAUCAUCCUGAUUGAUAACAGAGAGGAGGCAGUGAGGGCCAUGCAGGAAGCAUGUGACAGGCUUCUCCAAGGGAUAGAUACACCUGAUGAAGAUACAGCAAGAGGAGCCACUGCCAGAGCUCCUGGAGGCAGAGUCCACAUGGAGGUUAUUCAGGGAUCGAUUGAGAGCCAACAGGUGGAUGCUUUGGUGUCUCCUAUGGUUGGCCGUGAUCCUCUCUCUACCCGUGUUGGAAAUGCUUUGUUUGAAGUAGCUGGACCACAGCUGACCACAAGGUUUAGAAAGGAAGCAGAAGAUGAAACAAUGCCUGGUGACUCAGUACUGCUGGAGGGCUUACCUGGACUUCAAUGUAAUGCAGUCUUCUUCCUCAAUCUUGUUCCCUUUGAUGGUGACCCAGAGGGUGUUCCAGUCCAGGUUCUUCGAAUGAGCAUCAACACAAUACUGUCUUUUUGUGAGAAGAAAGGAUUCAGAUCUGUCGCUCUUCCCGUCCUCGGUGCUGGGAUGGCCCUGCAAUUUCCUGUCAGUGAAGUGGAGAGAGUGUUAAUGGAGGAAGUUUAUGUAUUUGAAGAGGAGCGAGCAGGCAUCACACCAUUUCUGAUCCGCAUCGUCAUUCACCCCGAUGAUGAGGAGACACACGAGACAUUUGGCUCUGUCCAAAAUGGCAAAUUCACUGAAGAUUUUCACCACAAAGACCCAGACCAAGAUUCAACAACGAUGAGGUUGGUCCUGCUGGGAAAAACAGGAUCUGGGAAAAGUCACCUGGGUAACACCAUUUUUGGAGAGGAGCUCUUUGCCACUUAUGCCUCUCCAAACUCUGGAACAAUGAAAUGCCAAACAGAAACCAAAACAGUCAGUGGAAGAAGCAUCACUCUGAUCGACACCCCUGGUUUCUUUGACACAGGAAGGUCUGAGGAAGAUCUGAAGCCUGAGAUAAUGAGCUGUAUGACAGAGUGUGCUCCUGGGCCUCAUGCUUUUCUCAUUGUGCUUCGAGUGGAUAAAUUCACAGAGCACGAGCAGGCUGUCAUCACUAAGAUAGUUCAGUAUUUCUCAGAUGAAGCUCUAAAAUAUGCUGUCGUUGUUUUCACUCACGGUGACCAGCUUGACAAAAAUAUAAAAAUUGAAGAUUUUGUCAGUCAGAACAAAAAUCUGAGUGAUCUGGUGUCAAAGUGUGGUGGUCGGUGUCACGUCUUUGAUAGCAAACACUGGAACAACAACCAGCCAAACAACUACAGGAGCAACCAGUUCCAGCGGGAGGAGUUGCUAAAAACAAUAGAAAAAAUGGUGGUGGAAAAAAACGGAGGUUACUACACAAAUAAAAUGCUGCAACAUGUGGAGACAGCAAUACAGAAACAGGUCGAGCACAUUUCGUACUCAAUGCCAGAUAAAACUGCAGAAGAGAUCAGAAAGCAGGCUAAAACUGAUGUGUGCAACAGCUUUCUCACCAAACUGACAGGGAUUGCAACAGGAGCUUUGCUCGGUGCUUUUUUUGGUGUAGCAGCAAUGGUUGGAUUAGCUGUCACAGCCAUGAAUAACGUAAUGUUAAUGAACGCUGUAAAAAAGGCUCCAGCAUUAAUGGGAGUGUCGGCAGCAGCAGCAGGAGAAGCAGCUGUAGGAGUUGCUGGAGCAGCUUGUGUGGCAGCAGCAGCAGCAGGAGGAGUAUUUGGUGGCUUCAUUGGAAAUGAAGCAGCUAAUGAUGCUAAGUCACCAUCAGAAGCUGCACAGAGAGCGUGUGAGGCUAUAGUGGAGAAAGGAAAGUCUCUUAUCAGGUUUAAGUGAGAUUUUUAUAAUUAUUAUCCAGGUAGUGAAAAGGAAAAAAGCAUCUUAUUAUUUCUUGAUGUCCUUACACUACACAUAAUAACUGCAUAAUAAUACUACAUACAUCGAAGAGAACAUGUUAAAUUAUUUGGAAUCAGGUUUGUUGGCAAAUUGUUGAAUACUUAUCUAGCAGUUACCUUUUUUGUGGACUUUUUGCAUAAUCUUCUGAGGGCCUUAAUGCAUUGUAGUCAUAUUUUUUUCCUGCGGACGAAUGUCUCAGACCGAGAAGCAUCACAGACAAAUAAGUCAACAAGU